CUGUCAGCCUGCCUCUGCCUCUGCUUCCACGCUACAGCUGCUACUUCUUCUCCCGCUGCAGAACAACGGAGCCCAGCCGAGAGGAGAAGAGCUGGACAGAGAGAGGGAGAGAGAGAAAGAAAAAUAGGAACGAGAGCUUUUUCCUCGAGAUUCAGGAUCAUGUUCUACUGCAGCCAUCCUCAGAAACCCUGAGUGGAGGGUUUUUUCUCUUUUCCUUUCUCUCUCUCUCUCUGUCAGACUGCCUAGCAACAUGAGGGACUAGCCGCAGCACUUCAACCACAGCUCGGCUCUGUCGUCCCUCAGCACUGCUUUCCUUUCCUUCAGCAGAGCAGGCUGAGGAUAACAGAUACAUAAAAGAGCAGUGAAGAGGAAACAAAUGGCACAGUGAAGGCUUCUGUUUUAUUUUCGGGCACAUUGCAAUAAGGGAAGUGGGGACAGGAGGAGAAAGAGAGAAACCGGUGCGACCGUUGGAGAGAUAGGAAAGGUGUAGUGCUGAGACGAGGAUUGAAAAUAGGGGAGAAAUAACCCUAAACCUGAAGUCUUGGUGAGGCAGAGGAGGAGAGGACACAGGCUGUGGAACGCACUGUGACAAAUGGAUGAGUGUUACACCAACCAUAAUUCAUUCAGACCCGGGUGAGGUGGAUGUGUGUUGCGUGAUUAGGCAGACAGGGUGGAAGUGGACAUUACCCCAGAUUUCUGAGAAGAGCAGCAGUGUUGGCGUGCCGAGUGUGUCGACAGACGGCACCAGUGAUCACACAGUCCGUCUGCCAGUCACAUGAGGAGAUAAGAGAGGUGAUCCACUAAGAAGGAGACUCCAGUCUCUGAUCUGAAGGAGCCCGUACCUGGAGCAUGAUCCUUGGUGUGUCUGCAGAGCCAGUGAAGAGCCUGGGACCGGCCUCCAUGGCAACAGAGUCAGCACCCUCCUAGCUCUGCCAGGGGAUGCAAGAAUAGCUCGGCGAGGGGGCUCACCCAUCUCCCUCCUAGCUCUGUGUGGGGCUUCAAGCAACCCCUUCCAGGGCGCCUUGUAGGUUCGCCAGGGGGCUCACUCCCACCCAUCUGCCAGCUCAGAUAACCCUCUGGCUGUUGGCAAACACAUGUUUGACGUGAUCGAAUGUGACUGCCGCCACGCCAUCCAGAGCAGCUGCAGCCCCCUGCUCCCCCUGCCUGCUGAUCCACCAUGCAGUGGAGACGGCGGCACUGCUGCCCCAUGAAGAUGACCUGGACCAUGAAGCGCUCGCUCUUCCGGACCCACAUGGCAGGUCUCCUGUCCCUGGCCCUCCUCUUCACUCUCUUCCUCUUCUUCAGCCACCAGGACUGGCUGCCAGGCCGGACCGGGCCCCGUGACAACCCCCUGACCUACACCGUUAGGGGCUUCCGCACAGCCAAGACCGAGGCAAAUCAGAGCUUGAGUCUGCGGAACCUUUGGCGAGAGACAGGCUAUGUGCCUCCAAAGCCCCAGCUUAACCUCAGCUCCCAGCAGGCUGAGGGAGGCGGUGGAGGGGAAGCCAUGGUGGGUGUAACAGGACUAGAAAACUCGAUGAGCGCCAACAACAGUUUACAGCAGGAGAUGGGCGUGGGAGGGAGGCUCAAUUCCCAGCCCUACCGCUACAUCCUCAACGAGCCCUUCAAGUGCAGGGACAGUACCCCGUUCUUGGUGCUGCUGAUCGCUGCAGAGCCAGGCCAGGUAGAUGCCAGGAACGCUAUCCGGCAGACGUGGAGCAACGAGAGUGUGGCCAUGGGUCUAGGUUUCGUCCGACUCUUCCUGCUGGGUCUAGGGCGGAGCUCUGACAGGUACACCCAGACCGCUAUUGAGGAGGAGAGCUGGGUUCACCAUGACAUCAUCCAGCAGGACUAUCAGGACACAUACUACAACCUCACCAUCAAAACCCUGAUGGGCAUGAAUUGGGUGGCCACCCAUUGCCCGCAGGUGCACUAUGUCAUGAAGACAGACAGUGACAUGUUUGUUAACACGGAGUAUCUCAUCCAGAAGCUGCUGAAGCCCGAACUCCCACCCAGACAGAGCUACUUCACUGGCUAUCUGAUGAGGGGCUACGCACCCAACCGCAACAAGGACAGCAAGUGGUACAUGCCUCCAGAGCUGUACCCUAGCGAGAGGUACCCCAUCUUCUGCUCGGGAACCGGGUAUGUGUUAUCUGGGGACAUGGCGGAGAGGAUCUAUCAGGCGUCUCUGAGCAUACGGAGGCUGCACCUGGAGGACGUUUACGUGGGUAUAUGCCUGGCCAAGCUCCGCAUAGACCCCACACCGCCACCCAACGAGUUCCUCUUCAACCACUGGAGGGUGUCCUACUCCAGCUGUAAGUACAGCCACCUCAUCACCUCCCACCAGUUCCAGCCCAACGAACUGAUCAAGUACUGGAACCACCUGCAGACCAACAAGCACAAUGCAUGCAUCAACAUGGCCAAGGAAAGGAAUGGGAGGUAUAGACACAGGAAGUAUCACGCAGAGAGACCUCAGUGAUGAUAACUCUACUUACUGUGGGAAGUCUGGACAGGAAGACAAAAUGGUAAGGAAGCGGACAAGAAGAAUGAUUGGAUCUGGAAAGGGCAUGUUAAGAGAGCUAUACACUACCUGGGAAAGAGCAGUGCUUUUGGUAUUGUGUAGAGUCAAUUAAAACUAUUUUUUUAAUUUGAGAGAGAUGUUAUGUAUUGUAAACCUGUUGAAAACUCUUUUUAAAAAGGGCAGUGACUUUCCAUGUUUAUGUGCAAUAUGAAGCAUGCACACAAAAAAACUGCAUAGUGGGGAUUCUGCCACUUUCAGGUGCAAAUACAAUGAUCAGAGAGACAAGGCCAGUGGUUGAUGGGGUUUUGUGACACAACAGGUAGGUCACUAACUGUGGGGACAUUUCUGUCAAAGAACUAUAAACAAUUAAUAAUAUUAAGAGUAUUGACAUGGGAUGGGAAAAGGGAAAGAGAGAAAUGCAUCACUACCUACAGAAAUGAUGAAUAUAUUUAUGAUGUGGACCACUAAUGCUGCCCUCAUUCUCAAUGUUUACUUUACAUAAUUAUCAUGAAAUAUGAAUUAAAAGGGUUUACCUGUCAAUAUGCCAUAUAUUUUUUAUUUACAACCAAGGUGAAAGCACUCAGAAUAACAACUGAGAUUGUAUUUUCUAAAGCUUUACAUUGAGUGUGACGAGUCUGCACAUGAGCAAUCAAUUAAAUAACAACUAAAUGUAUUGAAAUUCUCA